AUGCCACCAUCCGGCGUGGUCCACUCGCUUGCAAACCCCUCACCCGUCCUAAGACUAGGUCAACCACAGAGCGGAGUGCGAACAAAAAACCAACGGGAUUUUGGUUUGUUUGAUGGGAAAUCAAAGUGGGUUCAGGCGACCCUGGAAGGGAAGCCCUGGUGGGCAUACCCAACGUCCGGUAUGAACCAGCUCCUGGAGGGGAACCCUCUCGUUGUCGAUGACGCCGGAGUGUUGAAGGAGACUCCGGUCAGCAACGCAUCCCACGCCCUCAUGCGUCAGGUGUUCGUCGAAUCUGCUUUGCAGAAAAACCAACUGGGCCUGUUCACCAACAUGGACGUGGUGGCGUUUUUCGUUAGAUUGGAAGGUCGUCCCGACGUCCCUCUAGAACAGGUGGAAUAG